CUGAAAUAGUAUCUCUUCAUCUAUCAGCAUUGUUAAGUUUGUUUCAAACAGGGUUCAUUGUCUUGAAGUAGGGAUAAUCCUGUAAGUCAUUAAUACAAUUUUAAAGAAAUGCUGAAAGGUGAUACCAGUCUUUAAUCCAGAAUAACCUUAAAUUUUUCAUUUUUAUGUCAUAAAUGGAAACAUUUCUAAUUGACAGUAUGUAGCAUAUGUGUAUAUGUAAUGUUCAGAACUGCAGAUUUUUAAAAGUUUCUAUUUUUAAUUUGAGAAAAUGUUCCCAGUUCAUUUAAAUAAAAAAGAACUUGCUUAACUACUUUAUGUUUGGUUCUCCCUUGUUUUGUUGCACAGACAUCUCUCAGAAGAGCUGCACUGAGUUAAAAUCUUACGAGAGUGAAUUUCUUUACCCUGAUUAAAAUUUUUUGCUAUAUUUGACUUUUACUUGUGGAGCAGGAAGGACUGAAAGAACUUCGACUCCGGGUGAGGGAGCUUCCAGCUUCCUCCAAGGAUGUGAAUUAAGCAAAGAUGGUAGUAUUCAAGCUAAUGAGCUGUGCAGAAUAUCCUGUAACCUGUUUCUGUAUAGCACUGACAGCAGAAUUAGACAUUUGCUGGUACUUCCCUCCCAGAGUUCACUGCUGGCAUCCUAGCUUACCUUGUAAAAGGACAAUUGUUUUCUACUGAUAUGAGAGACCACAAACUGUUUAAUCUGAAGCACAGGCGGACAAGACUGAAAUGUUAGAUGGGAGUGAGACAAACACUUGGUGGUAACCUAAUAGCUGUAACACAUAAAUGUAUUUGAGUCCAAGCUUUGAUAUUUCUCCUUAUCCUUGUAGUUUAUUUGUUUUCAUGAUUGGACUUGAAAUUUGAGAACAAGAGAUCUGAAACUGGUAUAAAUGAAUUUUUAAAUUGUUUUGGACUCCAGCAGUUUUUACAACUAGAGAGACAGAUGUCUUUAGUUUCUAAAUUCUCAGUACUGUUGUGCAUAACAAAGUGUAAUACAUUUGUCAAAUAUUAGGGGGGAUUUGAGUGCUUGCAGUAGGGAUUUGAAAUCCUUGAAAUUAAGUGUGAGGUGGGGAACAAGGUUAUUCUGGCUGGCUGGCUGAAGGGUGAGAAGACUCCCCAGAAAACAACAGAAGAGUGAAUUUUAAGUCUUAAGUAGGCUUAUGCCAUUGUUGUCCUAAGACUUGGCUGGAGCCAUACCACUGUGCCUUGAAAGAGACAGGAGGAACUAAUGGAAAGAAGCUAGACAUAAGGUCUCUGCUAGAAAUGUUAUUAAAAUAGUUGUAGAGAAGGAAUGAAAACAAGGUUGUUCUCUCUGUCAAAUGGUAUUUAGUCAUGGGAACUUGGUGGCACAUUGAGUGGAAGAACAAGGUUGAGGAUACGUGGAAUGGCUGUUCAGGUGGCUACAUCUUCACGCAGGCAGCUUUCAGGUUAUCUGGGCUGCCGCAGCAACAAGGGGCUCUUGUCCCUCUUCUAUUAAAGAAGCUUUUGGUGGUGGUGGUGUUCUGCUUUGCCAUCUGUGUUAAAGGAAUGUUUUUGCCUUGGUAUUUUGUUUAGCACUACCUAGUGAGUGACUAAAUACACAAAAUGCUGUUCUGUUCCAUUAUGUAGGCCAGUCUUAAACCCAGGGUUUCUAGCACCCCACAGUUACUGAAGCACAACUAAACAAUCCAAUAGCCCUUUCCAGGAACUAGUCAGGUCAGGCUGGCUGUAGCAUACGUGUCUUUGGACAAAGUGCCUAGUGGGGGUCUUAAUAGCCAGAAAAGUACUGUGGAUUGCCACAGCAGGGAUUUUUCCUCAUGACCUUCCGAAUGCCAAGGGAGUUAUCGGGAUUUUUCCUUAGCUCUGUUUUUAGUCACUGCAGCAGAAACUGCUAGGACAGGAUUCUGCACUACAAUAUUUCUGUUCUCCUGCCUUUGUUUUAUGGCAGUUUUACAGCUCACUUGUUACAAAGAGGAAAAUAUCUAUAAAAAAAAACCAAACCAAUGAAGCACAAAUAAUCUGUCUGACAUGCUCUGUGGUCUGUUCCUUGCUGCUGAGACCUGUGUAAGUCAGUUCUGAUGUCUUGCUCUGUUGGCUGAGUGACCUGUGGUGUGAAAAAUGAUGAUAAAAUUUCCAAAUGUUUGGUGAAUGUUUAGGCUUGUAAUACCUUAUUUUGUUCAAGCUUUAUUUCUUUUCUUGCUUACGUAUUGCUUCCAUGGCUCAAAGAACAUGCAGUUGAUCCUUCCAUGCAUCCCCACUGCAUGUCAUGUGCGGACAAAAGAAGUGCUAAAGUUGCAUCCUUACUGUGAAAAUCCACAGAAAUCUUUUUUUACCUUGAUAUGGUCUUUUUUUACUUUGAUAUGGUCUUACAAGCUCUAGCAUGAAGAUAGCUAUAAAGCAGCUGGAGAAUGGAAAAUAUCUGUUAAAAAUCAAAUAUGACAUGUUCAUCCUGGAUAGGAAUGUGCUUCUCAGUUAUACAACUGUCGUUCUGUAUUUAACUGCAUUUACAAGACUUGUCUUGUUACCUUCUUAGGAGUUCACACUCCCAAGGUUAUUUGACACUCCCUCAGGCUAUAAAUUAUGAGUACUUGCCUACUGAAGUGUGAUUUAUUAUUUCUAUAAAAAGGCCCAACCCUUAUAUUCUGUAUUUUGCUGGGAAGACGCUUCUUUGUGCACCAAGAGUUUAAAUUGUGAGCAGCCAUUUACUUACUGCUUUCACUUCCUUGGAUUGUGUUGUUCAAGGAUCUCGGUCUGCUCCUCUCAGCAUGAAGAGUUUUGCUCUCCUUUUCCUGGUUGUGAUCUGCGGUGUAGGAGGAUUGGGACAGAAGCUGAAGCCAAAGAAAAGAAGCAAUGGUGAAGAAAUCAAAUUUCGGACUAAAAGCAAAGAUGUUUGCACAAUGACCAUGAGUGGUGAUGAUGAGGAGAUGAAACUUAGAAUUGAAUGCAAAAGCCAGGGCAUGUCCUACUGGUGUGAGUUCACUGGCAAGCCAUCAGUCUGUCGUGCUUUCAGAAAUAAUCCAAAGAUCUACUGGAAUCAGAUUGCCGCGGAACUCAGAAAGAUCCCACAUGCUUGUGAAUCCAUGGAAGCAUUGAAGACCACCAUGUGCCAAAAGGCUCCCCCAGAGGCUCUCAUGAGGCAAAUAGCUGCUGGUGUGGAGCUAGAAGAUCUAGCAAACCAGGAAAAACCAGUCCAGAAAGCUUCCAUUCCUGUGAGAGAAGCGGGGCAAAACUCUGACCCAACCCAACAUGGUCAAGGGUCUGAAAAUGAAACAGAAGCAAUGAAACUGGCACGGGAGCAUUGCUGGGAAUCCCUGCAUGGUGUCUGCUCCUACCUCAUUGGCAUCUUUAGGGGUUAAGGAUUUGCUUCAGAGCAAAGUUACUACUGCUGAAGAAUGGUCCUUGCUGCAUUUUAAUAAUUUAGAAAUAAGAAUUUUGGUUUAAAAAUGAGUAAUUUCUAUAAAUCUUUUUGCUGUUUCCUUUUUAAAGAAAAAAUGAAACAUUUUAACAGCACUGAAAAAUGCUUGAAACUGGAGUGACUGUGCUUAAAGUGUUAGUAUGAACUAACUGCCCCUAGGCGUGUUACACACCAAGGCAUUUAUGUAACCAAGGAGCUGCUUGACCUUGCAUAGAUAUUUGUGUGUACUGACUUGCUUCAGUUUGUUAGAGUUGAAAGCUGUUAAUGAUGAUACAGUUAGUGCAAACAAUAAAAAUAAGGUUUUUGAAAAGGUACUUGGUGUGCUUUCUUGAAAUUUUAGCUGGUGCUGUUUGUGUAAAGUCACAGUAUUUGUUGUCACUUGUUUCUUAAGAGAUUGUUGGUAGAAUGUGUAAGAGAAGUUACAGGUCUGAGUCAUUGCUUUCCCACUGUGAACAAGUUUUCAUGAAUAUUAAUAUUUUCAAUGUUACGAGGUUUAUAUUACAAUAAUGAGUUUCAGCCAGCAGGAAAAAAAAAUGUAGAAAUAAGAGAGUAAUGUAGUAAUACAUUUCAGAACAUAGCAAAUCAAAAGUGUUCACUAGUGUUGCAGCUGCAGAUUUUGGUGUUACUGGACCUGUUAGUGGCACUAUUAAUGUUUGGUUUCAGUAGAUAUUCGGAAAAGUAACUCCCUUGGCAACUUAGGCACUUGCCUAAAUCUCCUCAAAACACAAAACAAGACCUAAUGGCCUGUUGUCAGAUUACAACACAAUUGUGUUCAGAUUAUUAUUUAACAAUGAUCCCUUUUGUUCCCAAGUGAGCUUUGCAGCAGGGAUGUAACUGGAAAAACUUCAUACUGUAGAAUUUAAUAGUGCUCUGUGUUUGCCUUGCAAAGUUUCUGCAAGAUAUUGUUCACUGAAGUACUUCUCCAUCUUUACUCACAGAUUUGUAAUUCUCACUACACAAUUCCAGAUCAUGACUGUCCAGUCAUUAAACUUUGUGCCUUGUACCAAAAAACUUGAAAUAAUUUUCUUCAAACCUCUUGAAAGAUAUGGAAAAGAAUAGUAAGAUAUGGAAAAGAAUAGCAAGUCACGAAUGCAGGAUCAGUGCAGAAGAUCGUAUGUACAAGGCAGAAAUGUAAUUUGAAUGCUAAUAAAAUGUGUAAGCUGUAUUUUUCUCUGCCAUGAA